AUGGUUAUGGUAGGGUAUGGUAUGGUAUGGUAUGGUAUGGUCAAGUAUAUUACCAGUAUGUACGGAGUACAUGCAACGCGUGUGUAUGAUUCUUUCGUACCUACCCAAGAGUACUCAGGUACCCCUACUCCAAGACCAGCAUCCGAAAAGCGCCUCUGCCUUGAUGGAUUGACUCGCUUGCGACACUGA